AUGACGCACGUGGUGGAGAAAAUAACUGAGCAUUUAUCACGCAUUAUCUAUCUAUCUAUCGCAUCGCAUUUAGUAAACGAUCUAUCUAUCUAUCUAUCUAUGUCAGUCUGUUCACUUGUUAUCUAUCUAUCUAUCUAUCUAUCUAUCUAUCUGGAUUAUCGCUUAAACCAGCUCUUAACAGUCGGAUUUUGUAAACGAUCUAUCUAUCUAUCUAUCUAUCUAUCUAUCUAUCUAUCAGUAAACGAUCUAUCUAUCUAUCUAUCUAUCUAUCUAUCUAUCUAUCUAUCUCAGUCCCUUUAUCUAUCUAUCUAUCUAUCUAUCUAUCUAUCUAUCGCAGUCUGUUCACUUGUAAUCUAUCUAUCUAUCUAUCUAUCUAUCAGGAUAAACGAUCUAUCUAUCUAUCUAUCUAUCUAUCUAUCUAUCUAUCUAUCUAUCUAUCUCAGUCUGUUCACUUGUAAUCUAUCUAUCUAUCUAUCUAUCUAUCUAUCUGGAUUAUCUCUUAAACCAGCUCUUAACAUCACAUUUAGUAAACGAUCUAUCUAUCUAUCUAUCUAUCUAUCUAUCUAUCUAUCUAUCUAUCUAUGUCAGUCUGUUCACUUGUUAUCUAUCUACCUAUCUCAUUCUGUUCAUAUCUACAUAGUCUAUUAUUUCUUUGUGUUCAUAUCUAUCUAUCUAUCUAUCUAUCUAUCUAUCUAUCUAUCUAUCUAUCAAAGCCUGCUCAUCUAUCUAUCUAUCUAUCUAUCUAUCUAUCUAUCUAUCUCAGCCUGUUUAUACGUGGUGUUACAUAAAUGCUGUUACAAAUUUUCAAAUGAAUUUCUAAAGUUUUGGUCUUUCUUGUUGUUGGUUUCAUGA